AUGGCCAACAACAAGUUAACCUUUGUCAUCAUCCUCAUCUUCCUACCCUCAUUGUUAGCUUUGGCUGACAUCACUCCCAACACUUCCGUUUCUCCCGGAACCAUAUGCAAAUCCACUCCAGACCCUUCUUAUUGCAACUCCGUGCUACCUCCCCAAAACGGCAACGUUUACGAAUAUGGCAGGUUCUCGGUAAGAAAGUCCCUUUCACAGGCCACCAAUUUCUUGAACUUAGUUAACAGAUACCUCCAACUCCAACGCCGUUCUUCUCUUUCCACCCCCGCAAUCCACGCGCUCGAAGAUUGCCAAAGCCUCGCCGAACUCAACAUAGACUUUCUCUCCAGUUCCUUAGAAACGGUGAACAGAACAACCAAAUUUUUACCCACUUCACAGGCUGACGACAUUCAAACUCUUUUAAGUGCCAUUCUAACCAACCAACAAACAUGCUUGGAAGGCCUUCAAGCCACCGCCUCCGCUUGGCGCCUCAAGAACGGACUCUCCGUUCCGCUCUCCAACGACACUAAGCUAUACAGUGUCUCUCUGGCCCUCUUCACAAAGGGGUGGGUCCCAGAAAAUGCUAAUGUCACCGCGUUUCAGCCAAGCGCCAAACAUCGCGGGUUUCGAAACGGGCGUUUGCCGCUCAAGAUGUCGAGCAGAGCGCGCGCGAUCUACGAGUCGGCGAGUCGGAGAAAGCUCCUGCAGGCGACGGUGGGUGACGAGGUUAAGGUGAAAGACAUUGUGACGGUGAGCAAAGAUGGAAACGGGAACUUCACCACCAUCAGCGACGCCGUGGCCGCGGCGCCGAACAAGACUUCAUCCACGGCGGGGUACUUCCUGAUCUAUGUGACCGCCGGUGUUUACGAGGAAAAUGUUUCCAUUGAUAAGAAAAAGACGUACCUGAUGAUGGUGGGAGAUGGCAUCAACAAGACAAUUAUUACUGGAAAUCGCAGUGUUGUUGAUGGCUGGACAACCUUUAAGUCAGCGACAUUUGCGGUGGUUGGAGCGAGAUUCGUGGGUGUGAAUAUGACCAUCCGCAACACUGCCGGAGCAGAGAAGCACCAAGCUGUAGCACUCCGCAACGGCGCAGACUUGUCCACGUUUUACAGCUGCAGCUUCGAAGGGUACCAAGACACACUGUACACUCAUUCGCUGCGACAAUUCUACAGAGAAUGCGACAUCUACGGAACCGUCGAUUUCAUAUUCGGAAACGCCGCGGUUGUGUUCCAAAACUGCAACCUCUAUCCUCGUCUCCCAAUGAGUGGCCAAUUCAACUCCAUCACCGCACAAGGCCGAACCGACCCUAACCAAAACACCGGCACUUCAAUCCACAACUGCACGAUUCGACCAGCCGAUGAUUUGGCAGCGAACAUCGAUGCCGCUGAAACUUAUCUGGGAAGGCCUUGGAAAAAUUACUCCAGGACAGUUUACAUGCAGAGCUUUAUGGACACUGUCAUCAAUUCUGCUGGGUGGCGCGAAUGGGACGGUGAUUUUGCUCUGAGCACUCUUUACUAUGCAGAGUUUAACAACACUGGACCUGGAUCUACCACUGCCAAUAGAGUCACGUGGCCGGGUUACCACGUCAUUAAUGCCACUGUUGCUGCUAAUUUUACCGUCGCUAAUUUCUUGCUUGGAGAUAACUGGCUGCCCCAGACCGGAGUGCCUUACGCCAGUAACUUGAUAUAGAUGCAUUAACUCACUCAUUCAUCAAUAUGUUCUUAUUUUAAGUUGUAAUUUCCUCUAUGAGAUUAUUUUUUCUUAUUGGUAAAAUAAGCAGGCGAUCACUGCAAUUAUACCCAAUCCUUGCAAUAGUGCAACGCCAAACCUAAAUUGUUUCAA